AUGGGAAAAGUGAGCAAACAAUUGAAUAAAGAAAACUCUGUUGAAAAACGCCCGUUUCCUAGUGAAAUUAGUGAACCAUAUAUACAAAAGUCUAAAAAGGUACACAAAUAUGAGACAAAUUCCAGUCAAGUAUAUUCUAUAGCCAACGAUGAACACAAAGUUAAUGACAGUUUUGAAAAUUCUGAGAUAGAUUUUAAUGAUUUGAUAAUUAAUUCUAAUUCUACCCAAACAACUUCAAGCAACAAUGAUUAUGAUAUUGGUUUAUAUAUUAACAGAACAUCUAGUAAAACUUUCAGUGAUGAUAUUAAAGAAAAGCUUUUAAAAAAUACAUGGAUACCAGAUUCGUUCACCAACUUGCAUGUACAAGUAUUAUCUAAUGCUACUAGACACUUUCAAAAAUCCUGGUUGAAUGAAUUUAAAUGGUUAGCUUAUUCUAAAGCACAAAAUGGAGCAUUUUGUAAAAAUUGUGUGGUUUUUGGUCCUGGAAGUUUUUCUGUGAAAAAAGCCAAAUUUUUCACUGUCCUUGCUGAUGAAACAUCUGACGUCCAAGGAAUUGAACAAUUUUCAUUAGUUGUUCGCUAUUUUUAUGAAGAAGUUAAUGAAAUAAGAGAAGAUUUUUUAAAAUGUGUGCCAGUGCAUGAUGUUACAGGCAAAGGGUUAGCUACUACAAUAAAAAAAGAACUUCAGUCUCUUGGUCUUGAUUUAAAUUAUAUGCGUGGACAAGAGUAUGACGCCGCUGCUGCAAUGAGUGGAUCUUUCAAUGGAGUACAAGCAAUAAUAUUGGAGGAAUAUCCUAUGGCAAUUUACACUCAUUGUGUUUCUCAUUCAUUAUAA